CAUAUCACAAUACAUAAUCUGAUUCGCCAACUUGUUUGAAGAUCCAAAUUAGCCAGAAAUCAGCUAUCAAGAUUAAAACAUUCAAGAUCUGACAAAUCCUCUUAGAUUAGAGGAAGAACAGAGCUUUUAAUAUUCACAAAAAGCCUUCAUCAAAGUUUUGUUCUUGUUACAAUAAAACAUUGAAUCAGUGUCUGUUGAAUAGAUGAUAAAUCUACAAUUCAUUUAAAUAUAACCCAUCACGCUGACAUAGUGAACGGAGCUUCUGUCACUGCUGAAAUGAAAGGCAUUUGGACAGUGGACGGCUUAAAUUCCCAGUCUGACCCGGGGUCAGUUUAGUAAUGGAACAAGGCUGUGGGCUGAUGGGGUUCAGUGUUUUUCUGUCUCCAGGUCACUGUUCUGAGAUCAGAUGCAUUACGUGUCUUAUUGACAGGGUCAGAGAGAGGAGCGACGUCCUGCAGCCACUCGUUGUCUCAUUUCUGUUUCUUCUUGUCUUCUUUCUGUCUUCUGUUCAAUUGCACUGCUCCUGUGGAUCUGCAGAGAAGCGGACGGAUAAAUCCAUGGUCUCGGGAGCAAUCCGGCUGAAGAUCAGCGUGGAGAUGAAGGGAGAAGAGAAGGUGGCUCCACCUCACGGACAGUACACAUGUUUACAUGAGAAUCUCUUCCACUACCUGACGGAGGUGAAGAACAAUGGAGUGGUGAAGAUCCCGCAGGUGAAAGGAGAUGACGCCUGGAAGGUUUAUUUUGACGAUGUUUCGCAGGAGAUUGUGGAUGAGUUCGCCAUGCGCUUCGGUGUCGAGUCCAUCUAUCAGGCCAUGACACACUUCUCAUGCCUCUCGUCCAAGUACAUGUGUCCUGGCGUUCCCGCGGUGAUGAGUAACCUGCUUGCCAACAUCAACGCUUACUUCGCACACACAACAACUGCAACCACAAACAUCUCGGCCUCCGACCGAUUCGCAGCAUCCAACUUUGGGAGAGAGAAGUUCGUCAAGCUCUUGGAUCAGCUCCACAACUCUCUGAGGAUCGACCUCUCCAAGUACCGGGAUAACUUCCCUGCUGGAAAUCCAGAGAGACUUCAUGACUUAAAAUCAACCGUUGACCUGCUGACCAGCAUCACUUUCUUCAGGAUGAAGGUUCAGGAGCUUCAGAGUCCCCCCAGAGCCAGUAUGGUGGUUAAAGACUGCGUGAAGGCCUGUCUGGACUCCACAUACAAAUACAUCUUUGACAACUGCCAUGAGCUCUACAACCAGCUGCUGGACCAGGUAAGAGCUCACACACACUGACCAGCACACACACAC